AUGUUGUGGUUUGAGAGCGAAAUGCCAGAGCUAAAGGGCGACCUCCCUCAUGAGAGGUUUCUUACUUAUCCAACAGCCCAUUCAAAAUCUAAUCAAUCCAAGACAGCAUCAGGUUAUCUUCAAACAAGAGGAUUUUGUGGGUUUAAAACUGAGGCUGCUAAUGGGGUGGGGUUACAGAUGAACCUCCUAUUAUUCAAUACCCGUCAUUCAAGGGUUCGAGCCUCCACGAUAUCUGCCAUUGCUCGUUUUGACGAACGGUAUCGUCCCUUUGGAACCAAAGAGGCAAUACAUAGAUGUAGCCCCGAGUUGUGGUUUGUUAAAGUUGUGUGUACGCUGUUAGUUCGUUCUCAUUUUUGUUUGGAUAGUUGUUUGGGCUAUUUGAGUCAGAACUUGACUCCUUUGACAUCGUUUGAGGUAAUUACACGGUUAGAUAACCCGAGAUUGGCCGUCAGAUUUUUGGAGUUUAGUAGAGUGAACUUGAGUCUUAUUCAUUCUUUCAAGACUUACAAUUUACUUCUAAGAUCUUUAUGUGAAUCGGGUCUGCAUGAUGUGGCCAAAGUGGUGUUUGAUUAUAUGAGGAGUGAUGGGCAUUUGCCCAAUAGUUCAAUGAUAGAAUUUUUGGUUUUGUCAUUUACAAAAGUAGGAAAAUUUGAUUUUGUCAAGGAAUUGCUUUCUCAGCUGCCGUCUGAAAAAAUUGCUAUGGAUACUUUCACGUCUAAUAGUUUGUUGAAUUGGCUGGUUAAACAGAAUAAGGUUAAUGAGGCCAUUUUCCUGUUUAAAGAGCAUUUUAGAUUGUACUCUCGACCAGACACUUGGACUUUUAAUAUUAUGAUCCGUGGUUUGUGCAGAAUAGGAAAAGUUAAUAAGGCUUUUGAGAUUUUCUGCAAUAUGGAGAGUUUUGGCUGUUCUCCUGAUGUUGUUACAUAUAACACACUUAUAAACGGAUUUUGUAGGGUUAAUGAGGUAGAUAGAGGGCACUGGUUGUUGAAGGAAGUCAAGUUAAGAGAUGAAAUUUCACCGAACGCUGUGACUUACACGUCAGUCAUCUUGGGUUAUUGCAAGCUAGGUAAGAUGGAGGAGGCUUCUUGUAUACGUGAUGAGAUGAUUAAUUCUGGUAUUCAACCUACAGCAGUAACUUUUAAUAUUCUUAUCGAUGGCUUUGGUAAGGUGAAGAUGGGUUUAAAGCUGUGGGAUGAAAUGAAUGCAAAAAACAUAUCCCCAAAUGUGUAUACUUUUGCCAUUCUUAUUAAUGCUUUGUGCAAGGACAAUAGACUAGAUGAGGCUCGCAGGUUUUUGAGUCAAUUGAAGUGCAGAGAUAUAGUUCCCAAACCCUUCAUGUACAACCCUGUGAUUGAUGGACUUUGCAAGGCCGGUAAUAUAGAUGAGGCAAAUGCAGUUGUGGCAGAAAUGGAGGAAAAGAGAUGCAAGCCUGAUAAAGUAACAUUUACUAUUCUAAUUAUUGGGCAUUGUAUGAAGGGAAGAAUGUUGGAGGCUAUUAGCAUUUUCAAUAAGACGGUGACAAUUGGUUGUGGCCCGGAUAACAUAACUGUAAAUUCAUUGAUAUCUUGUCUUUUGAAGGCUGGGAUGCCUAAUGAAGCCUUUCGCAUUAUGCAAUUGGCAUCAGAGGACCUGAACUUGGCUUUUCCAUCCUUGAAGAAACCAAUGCCUUUGGCAAGUACCGAUAUUCCAGUGGCUCCUUAAGGUAAAGGAUGUCAAACUAUUGAACUUGUCAUUAUCAACCCAUUCAAUGAGCGAGGUCUUUCACUGUCAUGCACCAAGAACCAAAUGCAGCAUAUCAGCUUGGAGUGCUAAUGAUUUAGCAACUGGCUGCAAAUGGUUGUUUACAACUAUCGGUGGAAUCAUGGACGGUAUUAAGUCCUUGCAUAUUAUCAGUCGGCUAGAACUUAGAAUACCAUCAAAAUUGAGAGAU